AUGGUUGAUCAUGAAUAUAAAAAUUGUACCGAUGAAUUUUGGAGAUGGCUUCACUGUGUAGCUAAGUAUUCUGUAUCUCCAAAAGUUCGUAUUGAAGAUUUUAGGGAGAUCAAUGAAGGUAGAUGUGUAGUUGCAUCGGAGCACAUUGAGAAAGAUGAAGUUUUAUUUGAGAUACCUCGUGACUCCAUUUUAAAUGUUGACACUUCAGAGUUAUUCAAGAAUCAUUACGAAGGUUAUAUCGAUGGCAAGACUGUUAUUGAGGAGAUUGGAUUAUGGGAAACCUUAAUACUAUGUCUGUUUUACGAGAUGUUUGUUAAGAAAGAGGAAAGUUUUUGGUCGCAGUAUUUUGCAGUGCUUCCAAAGGCUACUGAUUUUAAUACAUUGAUGUAUUGGGAAGAUCGUGAAUUAGAAAAUUUAAAACCAUCAUUUAUUUUAGAGAGAAUUGGUAAGGAUAAAUCUGUGGCUAUGCAUGAAAAGUUAAUGGAGUUUGUUGAGAAGAACCUUGACGUCAUUGAAACUUCAUCAUUCACUUGGGAUAGGUUUUUAUUAGUUGCAAGUAUCAUUAUGGCAUACUCAUUCGAUAUUGAAAGGGGAGAAUGUGAUGCUGAUGAGGAAGAAGAGGAAGAAGAGGAAGAUAUUGAACGUUCCUUAAUAAAAUCUAUGAUUCCUUUGGCUGACACAUUGAAUGCAGAUACUAAAAGAUGUAAUGCAAAUUUAAUUUAUGACUCGGGAGUACUGAAGAUGUGUGCUAUUAAACCAAUAAAGGCAAACGAACAAAUAUAUAACACUUAUGGGAAUCAUGCAAACUUCGAAUUAUUGAGGAGAUAUGGAUAUGUUGAAGUUGAUGGUACGUUGAAUGACUGUGGUGAAAUUUCGUUGACAACAAUAAUUGAUGCUACUAUAAAAUAUUUUGGUUUAAAUGAUAGCUACAAACCUGUACUGCAAAAAGUAGUAAAUAUAAUUGCAGAGUCUGAGUGUAUCCGUGAAUUGACUGAAGGAGAAGAAUUAUGUUUGGAUACAUAUGACUUAUUCGAAAAUGGAGAAAUAAUGAUGGAGAUGGUGGUUAUGAUUCAAAUUUUAUGUAUGUUCCCGCAGAUCAAUUGCCUUGAUACAAUGGACAAAUUAGAUUUAGAAAACUACGUCUUCAGAACCACAAAGUUGUCAAUUCAAUUGAUCACUGGGCGCAGUAUGGUCACAAAAGCAUGUGAUAACGUUUGGCAAUGUGCUUUAGAGUUAAGAUUGAAACAAUAUCCAAUACACUCCCGUCGAGAGCCAAUGCCUGUAAAGGGAUCCGUUGAAAAAUCUGAACUUCGUGAGUUUAUGGCACAUAAAACUUUACAAUCAGAGUUUAAAUCAAUUUCUAAUUGUAUUUUAAGUAUUCAUAAGAGGUUUAAGAUUAUUCCUGAUGCUAAAUUAAUGAAGAAUAUAGAAAAGAGAAAGCAAAAUCAAAAUGACGACGACAAUGCUAAAAAACGUGUUAAAUUAUGA